AUGGCUGUCGGCAAGAACAAGCGCCUUUCCAAGGGGAAGAAGGGUCUCAAGAAGAAGACGGACACGUUCGCGAAGAAGGACUGGUACAACAUUAAAGCGCCGGGAACCUUCCAGAUCCGCGACGUCGGCAAGACCCUCGUCAACCGCACCACCGGUCUCAAGAACGCAAACGACGCUCUCAAGGGCCGGAUAUUCGAGGUCUCGCUCGCCGAUCUCCAGAAGGAUGAGGACCACGCAUUCCGCAAGGUCAAGCUCCGGGUGGACGAGGUCCAGGGCAAGAACUGUCUGACCAACUUCCACGGCCUCGACUUCACCUCCGACAAGCUCCGCUCCCUCGUCCGCAAGUGGCAAACCCUCAUCGAGGCCAACGUGGUUGUCAAGACCACCGACGACUACCUCCUCCGCCUCUUCGCCAUCGCCUUCACCAAGCGGAGGCCGAACCAGAUCAAGAAGACCACCUACGCCGCUUCGUCGCAAAUCAGGGCCAUCCGCAAGAAGAUGACCGAGAUCAUUACCCGCGAGGCCUCCUCAUGCACAUUGGCCCAGCUCACCCAGAAGCUCAUCCCCGAGGUCAUCGGCCGCGAGAUUGAGAAGUCCACCCAGGGCAUCUACCCUCUCCAGAACGUCCACGUACGUAAGGUUAAGCUUCUCAAGCAGCCGAAGUUCGAUCUGGGUGCUCUCCUCGGCCUCCACGGCGAGUCCAGCCAGGAUGACUCUGGCCAGAAGGUCGAGCGGGAGUUCAAGGAGCAGGUCCUCGAGAGCGUGUAA